AUGGGCUGCGGGAAAUAUAAGCAGUCUGGUGAAGCUGGAGACAGAGCUGUGUUAGGUUACGUUACCUGCCCAGUGUCAGCUUACUGCGGAAACAACGUCCAGAUCUGUGUGUUCCGGCUGCAGACUCAUCAGUGGUGCUUCCUGUUGUGUAACGUCAUCUUGUUUCAUGCGUUGCUGUUUGGUGGUGACAUAGUGGAAGAGUUUCUCCUGCAGUCGUCUCCCGCCGCCUACACCGACCGCUUUGUCCUGGAGGUCCGGGAGCGUGCACGCAAACUGGACCUGACUGAGACCAGGCUCAACACUUCACAGCUCUACCCCAUUAACACUGAACCCUGCCUUCAUCAUCAGGACCUCCUUAUCCUCACGCUGGUCCUGAGUUCCCCUGGAAACUGGAGCCAGAGGGAGGCGAUGCGAAACUCCUGGGCCAAUCAGACGUCGGUGCGCCGCGUUGCCGUGCGGACUUUGUUUUUCAUUGGCCCCUCUCCUUUAGGGGUGGAGCUUGAGAUGAUGAGGGAGGAGUCUGCACGCUAUGGUGACAUUGUGCAGUUCGAGGGAGGUGUUUCCAGGGGCGACUGGCAGAGAGGACACUGGGAACAAGUUAAAAUGGCGCUUCGAUGGAUCCUACUUUUUUGUCCACAAGCCCGAUUUAUCGUUCUUUCUGAGGAUUCUGUGUAUUUAAACCUUCCUGCGUUUACAUCAUACCUGCUAGGACUGAGAACGCACCCUGAUGAACUUUACCUAGGCAGGGUCAUCCAUCAAGCCGCACCUGAGCGGGACCCCGACAAACCGCAUUAUCUGCCCUAUCAAGUGUACCCUGAUAAGUACCUCCCAGACUACUGCUCUGGCCCUGCCUUUCUUCUAUCUCAAGACGUUGUAAGGAAAGUUUAUGUCGCUGCUGAGGAUGUUUCGUUGCCCCUCCCCUCCGACGUUCUGGUUGGCCUGUGUGCAAGACGGGCAGGUGUGGUGGCCACUCACAGCGCUCGGUUUUCUGGUGACCGACACAUUCGUUAUAACCCUUGCUGCUACAACUUCCUAUUCAGCUCUGCCAGAAUGGGGGUGGGGAUGAUGGGCGUGGCCUGGCGGGAUUUAGGGGCGGGGAAGGGGAGGAGCUGUGGCAUGCUGGAGACAUAUUACAGUUUGGUAGUGUGCAAAACAAUGACCUACCUGGAUAAACUUUCUUUUCUGAAUAACGACAAAUCACAGGGCUAGAACAGUUGGGGAUAGUUAUGUGUAUAAAUUAAAAUUCAUCUGUUCU